AUGGCGGGGGCGAGCUCCUCAGCGGCGCCGACCGCACCAGGCGGCGCGACAAAGCGCCGAGCCGGCUUGCAGCUGCAAGGUGGCCGACCAAAGAAACCCAAGGGCUCGGCCACAGCAACUAGGCGAGAGGAGGCCGCUGCGAAGGCGGCCCGGUUCCAGAGGGCCCCGAAGCAGCCGCAACGGUGUCUGCUCGGCCUCCGCCUCCAUGAUCGGGGGACGGAGGGUUCCACCAACACCCGCCGCAUAGACCCACGUGCCGACCUUCGGGAGGCGAGGGAGAAGAACGCGCGGGAGGCGCGCGAGGAGAAGGAGAGGGCGGAGCAGGCGAAGACGGACGCGGCCAAGGCGGCGCAGGAGGAGGCGGACGCGGCAGCCAAGGCCCAGGUCGACACCGCGGCCAAGGCCCGGGAGGAGGAGGCGAUCAAGGCCCAGGCGGACGCGGCCGCCAAGGCACAAGCGGGGGCAGCCGCAUGCGGCCAGGCUCCACAGCUCGUCAUCCUGCUGUGCUCCAUGCCGCCGGCGCCAGGAAUCCCGGCACCGACUGGAGCAGCCGGUGAUAAGCAGCCGGCCACGGAGGGAGAGGAGGGCGGUGCCGGCAUGUCGAGGGCGGAGGCGAUCCCGCCCGUGCCGACUGCCGACGUUCAGGCCAGUCGGCCUGAGGCGCCACAAGCGCCGCCGGUUGGCAGCGAGCUGGUGGUGGGCGCGACUCCGGUGGCUCGAGCCAAUGCCACCUUGCGGCAGCAACUGGGCGAGGCUCGAACUGCGCUGCACGCCAAGGAGGAGGAGCGCCUCAAGGUGGAGCAAGAGCGAGACCGCUUGGCCAAGCAGCUGGCUGACCAGGCGGACAAACACAAGGCGGAGCUGCAGAAGCUCAAGGACGCGGAAGAGGCCCUUCAGGCCGAGUUCGAGACUCAGCGCUCGAACUGGGUCGAGAAGGAGAAGGCCUUGUCAGACGGCUACGGCAAAAUCGAGGACCUGCUCGAUGAGUAUUUCCCUGUUUACACUGUCGCCGCCAGCCAAGCCGUCGAGGCUCGCCGUGACGAGAGGAGGCUGGAUGGUGCAACAAUCGCACCCAACGCCCCUCGGACUCUCACCGAGCAGAUGCUCGCCAUCCAGGCUCGUCUCCAGCCGGUGCAUCGGGCCCUCCGCCGUCUUCAGCGCGCCGAAGCCCAGGUGGUUUCCGCCCUCUGGCCGGGUACUCCCGUUCUGUGCACCGUCAGUCGGACCUCCGACUGGUUCGUGGUGGCCAUCGGUCGCAUCGAGGCGUGGAAGGGCUCCCCCGCCCGGGCGGGUGCACGCCGAGCCUUGGAAUUCAUCAAGGGGUGCUACCCUGGGCUAAACUUAGACCAGCUGGCCACGCUCCAUGCUGAAGCCGGCGAGGAACUAGAUGCGGUGGCGUCCGAGCUCUAUCACCACGCCGCGGCGAUCGCCGAGUACACGGACACCAGCGUCUUCCUCCUCGAGCUAGACGAAGCGGGCGCCGAGGUGCUGCCCAACUGGUUCCGGCUGAACCCAGAAGGCGGCGAGGACUCAGUGGAGGAGAUCGCCUCCAGUGAUGAAAGCGAGGAGGAUGAAGAUGAUGACGAGGACGGCAAAGACGAUGCGCCGGAUGAUGAAGACGAGAGCCGGCCUCAGCCCGACCAGGUUUCGACCAACGGACGGCACGCCGGCGAGCCGACUGCUGUCGAUGCUGACCAAGAUGAGACCAACCAGACGGCCGUUCCACCACCCGGAGCCUCGACCUCCGCCGACCCUUCUGAUCUGGCUGCUGCUCCUCUGGCCUAG